CCAUAUCGUGUUUUCUGCCUGGAGCAGUUGUUCAACUUCCCUGUGGCUUUGCGCGUUCACGGCCUCCUUCCUCUCAUCUUCAUCUGGACUGCUCCUUCCCUAACGGCCGUCACAACACAAAUUUUCCUCUCCCCCACCGAAACCGCUCGCCUUCAACGCCCAUUUACUCUCAAGGCAAACUCACCGCUCGAAAGCCAUCGCAUUUCGAAAUACCCGCAGUUUCAUCUUCAUUCAGUCAAUAUGGCCGCCGUCGCAGAGAAUGCUCCCCCGGUGACGAACGAGAACACGGCCCCUCCUGCCGUUGCAGUUGAAGAGAAGACCGAGAAGGCCAACGGCGACAUCGUCACGGUCUUCCACGACCCAGAGAACUUCAACGUAAAGCAUCCCCUGAUGCACGAAUGGACUCUUUGGUUCACAAAGCCUCCUAGUGGAAAGGGCGACAACUGGAACGAUCUGCUGAAGGAGGUUGUGACCUUCAACUCUGUAGAGGAAUUCUGGGGCAUUUAUAACAACAUAACUCCGACCUCUGAACUAGGCCUUAAGGCAGACUACCACCUUUUCAAGAAAGGUGUUCGCCCCGAGUGGGAAGACCCGCAGAACAAGCACGGCGGCAAGUGGUCAUUCUCGUUCAAGGAUAAGCGAUCGGUCCCUAUUGAUGAUCUUUGGCUGCACGCACAGCUGGCGGCCAUCGGCGAAACCCUCGAGAAUGAUGGCGAUAAUGAAGUCAUGGGUGUCGUUGUGAACGUGCGUAAGGGUUUUUACCGUGUCGGUCUCUGGACACGGACUGUUGGCAAAACCCUUCCCGGUGACAAGAGCGGACGCACACCCGCUCAGGGUAAGGAAGUGCUUGAGUCAAUCGGCCGCCGCUUCAAGGAAGUACUCCGUCUUGGUCCAAAUGACAGUGUUGAAUUCUCGGGACACACGGAUAGCGCCCACAGUGGCAGCACAAGAGCCAAGGCCAAAUACACUGUUUAA